AUGGGAGCUUCACACUCGGUGAUCACGGCACUUCAGUCACUUUUAAAACAGCAUGAACUAAAGCUUUCAAAAAGAAAGUUGGAAGGAUUUAUUAGAGAAAUCGAUCGCAUUGCUCCCUGGUUUGUAUGUUCAGGGUCGCUGACGCUUGCUUCCUGGGAUAAGCUAGAAGGUGAUUUACGGAGGGAGGAAAAAGAUGGGAAGCUAAAAGUUGGAACUAGGUCAUUGUGGAUUUUAGUAAAAUCUUGCUUAGAAGAUAGGAAGUGCCGCUUCUCUGUGGCAGCCGGCCAAGGGGUGUUAGAGGAAAUACAAGACAGCAUGUCAGAAACAGAACGGGAUAGAAGGUUAAGGGCCCUUAAAGAAAAAGAGAAAGACGUCUUUAAGAAAAAAGACCCGUCUGUGGACGGUAAGUCCACAGACAGGAUAGACAAGGGAAAGGACGCCCUGGGAGAGAAAGGUGAAAGGGGAAGGAAAAACCCAAAAAAGAAGCCUCUCUAUCCAAUAAAAGAAUUGGAGGCAUUGGGGCUUGAUAAUUCUGAAUCUGAGGAGCUGAGUCCCUCUGAGGAGGAGGACUUAGAGGAGGAGGCGGCUCGUUAUGAGGAAGAGAGAUACCACCCUGAUAAACAGUCGCCGCCACCAGGUAGGGUACAUAAAGGAGGGUCAAUAAAUAGAGUUCAUGGGGCUUUCUCAUCAGCCCCUAGCGCCCCUCCACCCUAUGUGGAAAGACAUGGCUCGGCUCCCCUGGUAGGGAUAUCGGACUCUUUUUUUUCAAAAGAGGACAAAAGAAAACUUUUUCAGGCUUUUCCUGUUUUUGAGGCUGCAGACGGGGGUCGCACAUAUGCACCAGUAGAAUACCCCCUUGUUAAAGAGCUUGCUGAAUCAGUUAAUAAAUAUGGAGUGGAUGCUAACUUCACAAUUAUGCAGCUUGAGAGGCUUGCUGGCGUGGCUAUGACUCCGAGGGAUUGGCAAAAUACUGUAAAGGCCGCUCUUCCUAAUAUGGGCCAAUACUUAGAAUGGAAAGCCCUAUGGCAUGACGCCUCUCAGACCCAAGCGGGAGUCAACUCCCAUGUGGAAGGUGCCCAACGACAGUGGACCUUCGAUCAUCUGACAGGGCAAGGCCAAUUUGUACACAAUCAAACCAAUUAUGACCCUGGGGCAUAUGGCCAGAUUUCUGCGGCUGCUAUUAAAGCAUGGAAAGCCCUCUCAAAGAAAGGCGAGGCUGGAGGACACCUGACAAAGAUUAUACAAGGCCCUCAGGAGCCAUUCUCAGAAUUUGUGGCCAGAAUGACAGAAGCAGCAGGUAGAAUAUUUGGAGAUCCGGAGCGAGUCAGGCCAAUGAUAGAACAGUUGGUAUAUGAAAAUGCUUCCCCAGAAUGUAAGACAGUCAUUACUCCUAGAAGGAACAAAGGGCUUACAGAUUGGAUAAAGAUCUGCCGAGGACUUGGAGGCCCACUUACCAAUGCUGGCCUUGCAGCGGCUAUCCUGCAGAGCAAGAGCCGUUCAGGUCCAGGAAGCAAUAAAACCUGCUAUAGCUGUGGUAAACCAGGCCAUUUGAAGCGAGAUUGCCAUGCUACUGCACAAAAGAAACUUCCAGGACUGUGCCCCAAAUGUAGGAAAGGUAAUCAUUGGGCCAAUGAAUGUCGCUCAGUUAGGGAUAUUCAGGGAAAACUUAUUCAGCAUGAAGCCCCCCCUAAUGAGAGGAAUGAGAAUAUUCCAAAAAACGGAUUUCAGGGCCCCAGAUCCCAGGGCCCCAAAAAAUAUGAGACACAAACAGUCAGCAGGAGGGUCUAUCCAGCUGUAGAGCAACAGGAGGAUCAGCAGGAUUGGACCUCUGUUCCACCUCCCAGUUCUUAUUGAUGCCCCAAUUGGGUGUUCAGCCCGUUCCAGUUGAGUUUGAGGGCCCUCUGCCCGAGGGAAGUGUUGGCCUGA